AUGUCAACUCCAAGCAAGCCAUGGAAGUGCUCUCUGCAGCCGUCAACUCACUUGGAAGGAAGAAGUAUCCCAACCACUGCAUUCCCAUUGCAGACCGAGACAAGUCAAUCUUUGAGUCUACGGAGUGCACAAUUUGACGUUGGUUAUUUGCAGGAGUUGGGAAAAUCGAAUGGUAUCAAUUCCUUGAUUCAUGGAUAUGCCCGUUGGAUUAUGUCCAUGAGUGAUCAAAGUCACAUCGCGUUUUGGAUCAUAGGAGAAGACCGAGAAUCAACUGUGAAAUGCGCAGUCGUGAUAGCGCAGCAGACAGCUGAGCAUGACGCGCUCACGUGGGAGGCUUACGAGACUCCUUUCGAAGGAACAGAUAACGUGGAAUUCGGAAUGCGUCUCAUGGAGACUGCAGACAUGGAAGUGGAUUUGCCGAUUUUAAUUCGAGUGCUAUUGUGCAUUGAUUUGCAAUCGUUGCGUGGUAAUCUCACCUACCGAGGGGCUUUGGAGCAGGGAAUGAAUAUAUCGGGCUUUGAUCUCUUGGAAUUCUAUAUGCAACAGCCAGAGGCCAAAUAUGAUAGCGCCACCUUUUGGAGAAAGGAGCUGGCGGAGUUUGUCGAUUGUGCCGAGAGAAAUUUUCCUACGAUAUCCUGUGACCGUUUGGUGGCCUCUACCGGUAACACCCAAGUGCUGACGCAAACCCUCCCCCUGGGUGUGUCGUGGGAACAGCUGCAGCGCCUGGCCGAGGAAUUGCAUCUGAGAUCACCCGUCUCAGUGAUUCGUGCGGCAUUUGCGUGUAUCCUGGCUGAGUAUCUCGAGUCAGACCGGGUGAUCCUAGGUGACCGGCCAUUGGCGAAUCUCAAAGAUGGCGGUUCUGUAGCCCUAGUCCCAAUCUCUAUUUUCGCGGACAAUACUGCCAAUGACUUGCUUUGUCGAAUCGAUUCGUUCACUGCAAGAGCAGCCACGUUCCCAACCCUGCCUAUGGAAGAGCUCCGUGAGAUUCUCCGGGUUCCUUCAAACGGUAUCCCAUACAAUGCGCUCUUCACGCAUCAGUCUACCACUUUAACUUGUCAGAACUCGGAAAUGACAUCACACGAGACACUCAUGGUAUGCUACGGUGCUCCCAUGCAGUUUAACUUCCAACGAUCAGAGCAGGGUGUGCCCAUCUGUACAUUGUCUGUCAGAGCUGAUUUGAUAGAUGUACCCCAUUUGGAGCUGGUGCUACGGCAGGUCAAUGCCAUCACUGUUGUCAUGUUAUCUCGACAAGCCCAAUCAGUUCGAGAUCUCACACAAUCCUUUCCCAAUGACCUGCUCUCGGUCCACUCGCCGUCGGCUAGUGACGAACUUCAACGAGCCCCCUCCUAUCCCCUGCACAUCAGCGAGGAUGAGACAGUCUCCCACACAUGGACGUACGACGAACUAUCUCAAACUUCCAAUCAGCUCUGCGCAUGGCUGAAAGCUCGUGGAUGGCGCAAUGAGUCCAUUGCAGUUUGUCUUAGUCGAUCUUUCAUGGCCUAUGCACUUGUUCUAGCAAUUUGGAAAAGUGGAAAUUGCUAUGUGCCUGUGGCAGAAGAUCUCCCGGAAGCGCGUCAGAUUUUUCUUCUCGCAGACAGCGGUGCUAUGGCAUUUUUCACAGACAAGAGUGUCGCCAAGACAAUCGUUCCUCCUGAGAAUUGCCUAGUGAUUGAUAUUGAAGACCCAGAGCUCCUCGAAGAUUCCUGGAUAAUCGAACCAGGCACUGAAUUCGACCCUAAACCCACUGAUAACUGUUAUCUUCUUUACACCUCUGGGUCAACAGGGACACCCAAAGGCGUUCUUGUCAGUCGGGGAAAUCUCUCUGCCUUCACCGAAGCGCAGUCAGAAUAUAUCUGUCGGGAUGUCCCAGAUACCCUGAAAUUGAAAGGCAAAGGAAGUUAUCUUGCGCAUGCCAGUCGGGCCUUCGAUGUACACAUCUGUGAGAUGGUGUUGGGCUGGCGACAUGGCCUUCGUCUGGUAACAGGUCCUCGGACCAUGCUUCUGGACAAUUUGUUUCUGGUUCUCAGUCGACUGAGGAUCACUCAUGCCGGAUUUGUUCCUUCACUCCUCGAGCAUGCCGGUAUUAGUGCUGAGCAGCUGCCGGAUCUGCGGUAUCUUGGCGUCGGAGGGGAGAAGAUCUCAGAGACAAUCAUCGAGCGCUUCGUCGGCAAACCAUCCAUUGCGCUCGUGAACGCAUACGGCCCGACUGAGGUGACAAUUGGUAUGACAAGCCACACAGUAACGCCUUCGUCUACUGUGCGCAAUAUUGGUACCGCUGUCGGUAACAUAACAAUCCACGUUUUGGAGCCCGACACCACGAGAUAUGUCAAGCGAGGCCAGGCGGGAGAGCUCUGCGUGACGGGUGAUUUGGUCGCCAAUGGGUACCAUCGCAGACCUGACGCAAGCGGCUUUACUGAUUUGAAUGGGCGACAAAUGUACCGCACUGGAGAUAUUGUGCGCUUGAUGGCCAACGACUGCAUUGAGUACCUGGGCCGGCAAGAUAGCCAGGCUAAAAUACGUGGUCAACGUCUCGAGCUCGAAGAAGUUUCAGUCGCGGUGCGUCGGUGUACGGACUUUCCAGUCAAUGUCACCUCAAUAGUGACACCCUCCCCAAUCACCAAACGCCCUCAGUUAGUUUCCUUCAUCAGUCUUUCCAGUAACCGACCGGAAGAUAUUGGAACACAGCCCACUUUCCUAAAGGAGCGAUACCAGACAUGGGUGCCAAGUAUUUUGGCGCGCUGCCGCAUUGAACUACCUGCGUACAUGGUACCCAGUGUCUUGCUCACUGUCAGUUCGAUUCCUAUUCAGAUCUCAGGAAAGGCAGAUAAUCGCCGUCUGGUGGCGCUAUAUGAAAGUAUCCGUGUGUCAGAUCUGCUCCUGAAUUCCGAAGAAGUUGCCACUCAGCUUCCUGAGACGAUCAUAAAGCCAGAUACCACGGAUUUGACAACGAACGAGGAGCAGGUUCGUGAUAUAUUAUGCUCUCAGAUGCAGGUGGAACGAAACAGUAUCACCGCAGCUACGAACAUAUUUCAGUUGGGAAUUGAUAGCCUCGCUUCUUUCGGUGUGGCUGCCAAGAUGCGUAAGGCGGGCUAUGUUUGCGCGGCGGGCGAUGUUCUUUCCAACCCUACAGUCGCACAGCUCGCACGUUUGCCACGAACCCAUGAAGGCUCUGGCCAAGGACCAAGAGGAGAAAUAUUCUCAGACCAACCAGAUGAAGCCUCACAGAAAAUGGAACAACUUGACCAAGUAUUUCGAAUGUCCCAGAGACAAUUCGCAGGCUCCUCCAUUUCUGUGGUUCGGCCAUGUCUGCCGCUACAGGAGAGUAUUGUCUCCAAUUCCGUGGGUAGCCGGAUUCCCUUGUACGUCAAUCACAUCAUGUGCCGUUUGGGACCGGGUAUCACGCUUCCUGCCCUGAGAAUGGCCUUUGAAGACUUAAUACAGGAGAGCGAGAUUUUGCGCACCUGCUUCCAUGUAGCAGACGAUAGGAUAGUACAAGUUGUGUUGAAGCCUCGUGCUGUUAGCAUCCCAUGGACUGAGGUCCCUGUAUCGGAUGAAGGCGCCGCUCGUGAUCUGUUCAACAGCCUUCAAACUGGGGUUGCAACGAACAUCAUCCGCCAAAUCGAGAUCAAGCCUCCACUACAUCUUCUUGCCGCCAGCGCAGCAAACGAGGAAGGGUCUGGGUGGUUGAUGCUGUCCAUCCAUCAUUCUAUCUUCGAUGGCGCCAGUAUGAAUGUCUUCCUCAGCCGGCUUCACCAACACUACACUGGAAAGACACCCAUGAUCCCAGUCGAUCUCACUCCACUUUAUCGUCAUUUUGCCACAAAUGACGAGAGGCAAGCCGAGCGAUUCUGGACUCACUAUCUUUCUGAUUGCAUUCCAAGUAUCAUCACCGGUCAUGGAGGAAAUGAUGCUUCGUAUGAGAUAGUUGAGAAGAAGUUAGCCUUCACAUUAUCCAAAAUCUCCAAAUUCGCCGCCAAACAUUCCACCACCGCGCCAAUGGUUUUGGAAACGGCUUGGGCGAUUACAUUGGCAAGGCACCUGGACCAAACGGACAUCAUCUAUGGCCGAGUAAUGAACGGCAGAGCGAUCCCAGUAGGGUCAGUGGAAUCAAUGCUAAUUCCCCUCGUCACAACUAUUCCUGGUCGGUUCCAGCUUCCUUCUGGUAAAUCCAGGGUGGUUGACCAGAUAAAGACUCACACUGUGGCCAUAAUCCAAUCCUUACCAUACCAACACACACCACUUCGCGAUGUUCAGCGGUACGCUGGUGCGCCGGGUCCACUUUUCAACUCGAUGUUUUCAUAUAUUGCGUCUGGUCCUCGAUCACCGGCAGACAAUAUGUUGUUGGAAAUAGAUAGUGCUAUGUCAGUGGACUACCCCCUUGCACUAGAAAUUAAGGCGGAGGCCGAUCACGACACAGUCACUUUGCGCUUGAGAAUUGCCAGUGAUCAUUCGUCCACUGAGCAUGGCCAUGCGUUGAUGGCCGCAAUUUCCACUCUUAUUCAAGACUUACUCUCUGAUGGAGAUGUAAUCAUUGAUGCUGGAGCGAUCUCUCAACAACAGCGAAAGCAGCAGCCCAAAUGGGACGAGACGCAAUGGACCGAAACUGAAACCACUCUUCGCCGAGUUGUGGCUGAGAUAACAGGUAUUCCUGGAUUACAGGUUUCGAAGAAUACAUCAUUCUUUACUUUGGGAAUCGAUUCUGUCAUUUCAAUUCAUCUUGCUCGGCGCUUACAGGAGAAUGGACUUCAAGUGUCUUCCAGUGAUAUUCUGAGAUAUCCAUCUAUUGGCGCUCUUCACGACUCUUUGGAUAAUGCCAAUCCCGUCUCCGACAUACCACUCAUUGAUGAGACUACCCUUGAUCGUAGCUUAUCCGUUGAUCCAUUUGACACGGACGACUCAGUUGUUGAAACUUAUCCUUGCACGCCCUUGCAAACAGCAAUGAUCGGCCAAUGUUUGAGCUCUGAGGGUAAAGAAUAUGUUCACCACCACGCGGUCGAUCUUGCAAGCACAGUCGACUUCGAGAAAUUGGUCAGUGCCUGGCAAAACGUGGUAGAACAGGUCGAUAUCCUUCGCACCUCAUUUCACCGGCCCCAUGCAAGUCGCAAAUUCCAUGCUGCAGUCCGUCGAUCUGUUUCCAUACAGUGGUCACAUUAUGAAGCUGAUGAAUCACUUCCUGUGGCUGUUGAGAAAAUAUCCCAGCGAGUCGCUUACCCGAACAUCGAAAGCUUUCGCAGACCCCCAUGGCAGAUCACCUUUCUCACUGGAGCUUCCCAGCGACUUAUGGUCGUCACUAUGCAUCACUGUCUUUAUGAUGGCUUUUCUCUUCCCAUGCUCUUUGCUUGUCUGGAGAAACAUUACCAUGGUCAUCGAAGCCAUGUUGACUCGUUCGCACCUGUAGCACGCAGGAUUGCAUCCACCCAAGAAUCGUCUGUCCAAUUCUGGACUAAUGCAGUAGCGGGAUACCAAUCCCCACAACUGCAGUCUCCUCUGGCCUCUACCCCGACAACCAGCGUCCAGUGGGCAGAGACCAAGGUUAGGAGCCCAGUAACCACAUUGCAACGCCAAUGCGGCUCACUCGACGUUACCUUACAGACUGUGGCGCUGCUUGCUUUUGGGAGAUCGUUGGCAUUGCGUCUUGGUCAGCGAGACGUGGUUUUUGGCCACGUAGUAUCAGGACGAGGAUUUGAUGUUGAUCCUACGGCUUCAGUUAUUGGCCCCCUCUUCAAUACCGUACCCUUCCGCCUAAAGCUUGAUUCUGCUUCGCAAAGCAUCCGAUCGGCCUUGCGAGAUAUCCAAAUAUUUUGCAUCGAUUCUCAACCUCAUCAUCAUGUACCAUUGAGUCUCAUUCAAAAGAGAUGGCGUCUGGCCACUAGCGGAGACAACUCUUCAUUAUUCGAUGCCAUUUUCACCUUCAACAAAUCAAAGGCUCCAAAUCAAGAUUCAAUUUUCCAACUCUACGAGUUUGCUCGCAAGCCAGAUGUUCCCCACCACCGACUGAAUGUGGAAUUUGACCAGACUGAGGAAUCACUUGUGAUCCGGGCAACCAGUCGGGAUUUCCUGACCAACAACGAGCUGCAUACUUGGAUGCAGAAUCUUGCCCGGGGUAUUGAGAAUAUCGUUUUAUCUGAAAAUGAGACAGUUCUCGAUUUCCCUUCUGGCCUCAGCGCGUUGCCCUUGGUCGCCACGAGUCCGCAUCAGGAUGCUGAGCAGCCUUUAGACACAUCUGUCCUCGGCGAAAAUGUGCAAAUACUUAAGACAGUCCUUUCAGACGUUACCCAAAUAUCGAUGGACACGAUUCAGGAGGGCAACAGUAUCUUCGCCCUUGGCAUCGACUCAAUCUUGGCGCUAGAUGUUAGUAGUCGUUGCCGCGAGGCUGGACUGAUGGUCUCAGUGAGCGAUAUCCUUCAAGGACGGACAAUUCGGGGAAUCGCGAUGCUCGUUGCCGAUAAGCCCACUCAAUCCCUUGGCUCUGCAAAGAUUGUCAAACCCGAUAAUUUCUCCGUCAAUUCGGAUCCAAAAAUCAAAGCAUUGGAUGUUCUGGGUCUAGCUGAAGAUAAUGUUGAAGCAGUCAUGCCUUGCCUUAGUGGCCAGCUAUUCUAUAUAUCUGCAUGGCUCCGGAGCCAGCGACAACUGUGGGAAUUCACAUUUUCGUUUCGCAGUCGUAUUAAGCUUGAUCCGGAACAAGUCCAAGGGGCCUGGCUACAGCUACAGAGGAGAAACGGAAUCCUCCGCACAUCGUUCGCAGCCGUGUCUUCAAAUGAAGUCUUGCAGGUUGUACAGAAAGCGAGCAAAGCCAAUGGAGAAGUUCAGGUGUAUAACGAGCAAUCCACUGGAGACUUGAAUAUGUUGACUCAAGACCUGGUUCAUCGUAUUGCUCGUAACCCGUCUGAUCUCUUCACACCCCCUGCCCGGCUACACCUAAUCCAGCACCCUGACUCGGACGUUCUUAUCUUUACCUUGCACCAUGCUUUGUAUGACGCGUGGACGAUUCCGAUUCUUGUCAGGGAGCUAGAAUCCCUGUACCAGGGAGAGAACCUAGCACCUACGUGCGAGUUCCCUGCUUUCGUACUCAGCACCCUUCAAGCUGCGAACUCCGAGUGCGCACAAAGCUACUGGGAAGGAGCACUCAAAAUGGGCCAGCGGACUAUCCUCGGACAUGGUUUCGCUAGCCAUAAUGGCACUCUUCACGUGCGAUCCUCCGAGCGGGUCUUCUCUCAGAAGCUCCACGAAAUGCAAGUUCAAUGCCGCAAGCUUGAAGUUUCUGUGCCGUCUUUGAUACUCCUGGCAGUGGGUCGCAGCCUUGCGCAUACCGCAGGCAUUGCUCAUCCAACAUUUGGCCUUUUCCAAUCUGGGCGCUCAAGCGAGUAUCCGAAGAUCCAGGAUAUGGCAGGUCCUACCGUCAACAUGCUACCACUGGUAGUUCCAAACGCUCUCACGUCCCCCACCCCACAGGCUCUGGUCGCCAUGCAGCAUGAGUUAAUUCAGCGCAACCUGCAUGAUCAGACCGAUCUUCGGACUCUCUGCCAGAAAAUGAAAGCAUUUGGGAAUGAGCUGCAAUUCAAUGUUAUUGUCAAUAUUGUUUGGGGUCAACUCAAUGAGUAUGCUGCUGAACAAGACAACGACUCCAUUUUCACCCCGUUUCCCAUAGACUCUCGAGGUGAUUCUGAGUUUGGAGAACCACCGGUUGGGAGAACAUCUGUUGAUAAAUUUGACUGGAAAGGUCUGCCCGGCAUUGGUGGUAUUUAUUUGGAGGUGAGCUCCAACGAGCGAGAUGAUGCGCUACAGUUGAGAGUUGACUAUGCAUCGGAUUCGAUCUCAAAUGAUCAAGCUGAGCUGUUUUUAAACGCCCUGGAAAAGGAGAUGAGCAAUAUUGGAUGA